CUUUUGAAAAAUAAUUAAUUUGCCUUCAAUACAUACUUGUAGUCACAUUCAGUGGAAUUAUUUCCGGUGGAAUUAAAAACGCAAUCAGCAAUUACCGUGUCCGGAUACGGGCACGAUCAAAUCAUCGACGUCGCCAUGAAAUCGCGAGUGCUGUGUCUCCAUGGACACCGGCAGAGCGCAGCCAAGCUCAAGGGCAAGAUGGCCGCACUCCUGCGAGCCGCCAAAGCCACAACAGAGUUCGGUACGACUCCGCGCUAAUACAUCGUGAUGGAAGGAGAGUGAUCCUAGUGUUUGUCGACGGACCCAUCGCCGUGCCAUACGAACCUACGUCGGACGAACACAUCCAGCGCAUGAACGAGCUGGGCAUCGAGGGUGCGGAAGAGCAAAUGCAGGCCGUGGCCCAAUACGCGUGGUGGACAUUUGAGCGGCGGACGGACCACGACGCGCAUUCCUACGCGGGAGUUGAAGACACUUUGUCGUACUUGGACAAUAUUAUUCGCACACAAGGACCCUUCGACGGCAUUUUUGGUUUCAGCCAGGGCGGCAUCUGUGCCGCCUACAUGCUUGCUCGACAGCACCAAGGAGACACGCGGUUCCAGUUCUCGUUUGGGGUGUUUUGCGCAGCAGCACAGAUGACGGACGCAGCAUUCAAGAUAGCGUUGGACUCGCCACUUCCCAUGCCAUCCUUGCACAUCAUGGGCGAGCAGGACGAGCUGAUCUCCAUCGAAAAGAGCCGCAUCUUGGCUGAGCAAUUUGAUAACCCAGUGCUAUUUCCGCAUCCAGGGGGGCAUUACAUCCCGACUCAGAAAGACCCACGCACCGUGUGGAAGGCGUUUUUCGAGCAACAAGCUGCUGCUGCUGCUGCUGCAUCGACGAGUGCAUGAAGGACUAAGCUGCACGCUCCCCCCAAUCUCAACGUAUCCUCGGCCCUUCAAGUGCUCGGCAUCAUGAUCGCUCUCCAUGAUGAUUAUGCUGCACGAUGCAGUUUUCCACCAGUUGAAGUUUGUGUUGUGAUUUCAAAAUAAUAUACCUCUCGAACUG